CCACACGCUGUCCUCGGUGGUUCCUGCGCGGCUCCGCACGAGACGUCAGGGGCGCUCGGUGGUUCGUUCAAUGGAUAGCCGUGUGUUUCUCUGAGGCUCGGGGCUUCUCCUCCGGGGGUCGCCGCGGCUCUGUCUGCAUAGUCCUUCUCUUCGUUACGCUGGCAGGCGCUGAUAUCUGACGCUCAGGCCAUGGCCUCUGUACAUAGAGGAGCCCCCGGUAAGGGGACGCCGGUGUCCCUGGAUGAUUUCCGUCAGUUCCACGAGAAUGACAGCCAUUGGGCGGCCCGCAGAGAGUUCCUGGCGCGUCACGUUCACGACUACCCGGGCCGCAAGAUGGACCAGCUGCUCGCCCUGUCUGUGGUGUGGACCAACAUCGUCUUCAUAGGGAACCGGUACGGUGCCCAGUUAACACAGAAAAUUCAACAGAUGGCUGAAGGAAUUGACAUUGGUGAGAUGCCAUCGUAUGAGCUUGUGCCCGGGGCCAAGGCUACAAAGAGACCUGCCACCUCAGAUGCCGCCGAACAACCCCAAAAGAAGAAGUUGGGCCCACGACCACGUUUCGAACCAGUACAUUUUGUGGUGAGCACAAAUGAGGAUGACAAGCAGUUUCAAGUAAGCGAAAAAAGAAGUAAUGACACAAGCAGUCAGGAAAAAGCUAACCCGCCACUUAUGUCCAAUGCAUCGUUUGCCGUCGACGACCUCUCCGAAGUGGAGUUGAAUCCCAGCCCCUAUGUGUAUGACUCGCAUCUGGCUGAUGAGCUGAGUAAAAGUGACGGCGGCAACUUCAUGACCAAAAUGGAGCAGGAUUACUCUGCUAAGUUUGAGGCUCAUUAUUCAAAUAUGUCCAAGGAUUUCCGCUCUAAUGUCCUAGAUUCGUGGAAGGACAUGAACAAACAGGGGAGAAAAGGCAUUGGUUUUGUAAAACCACCAAAAAAACCUGGGAAGUUUGGCAAGGACAUUGCAUCAAGUUCUGUGGGUCACACAAUGCAUACUUUGGACAAACCCAGUCUUAUUAACCAACUUUCUGUGUUUGUGAAACAAAACAUGCAAAACCCUCAAAUGGUGGCUGGUAGCACACGGGUUAACUACACCCACGUGUUAACCCAGUCUGUUCAGGCAUGUAAAUCAAAUCCAGAAUAUAUUUAUGUCUCUCUCAAGGAAAUACCUCCGAGCCUCCUUCCUAGACCUAGGAAAAUCCCUCCCGAUGGCUUUGCGUGUGAAGUCCGGUGCCAAGAUGUUUACUUGGCUACAGGUUUUUCAUGGACCAGAAUUGGAGCCCGAGACAAAGCAGCUGAGCUGGCCGUACAGCUCUUGGUGAAGCCCAUGGUCAAAGUGAUCCACACAAAGCGAAAGUUUGGCAGCGGCUAUCGUGACGAUUUGGUGGCAUGCUCUAAUGAUUCUCUAGAGAUUGACUUGCCACCAGCUCUGAAACAAGACAGCGACCAUAAUAUGAAUGAGAGUUUCCCCGCAGCCCAGCAGUUCUCUGAAACCGUAAAAGCUGCCUCAACCAAACCAUGGUCAGAAUUUAUCCUCACUGGAAAUGCAUGUGACGCCAUAGGCAUCUUAAACAAUUCUGCCACUUUUAACAAAAUGACGGUAGAGUACAAGUAUGACAUGAUGCCCAAUAACACAUGGAGAUGCAAUGUAUAUGUGCAAGACCACUGUAUAGCGGGAGCCUUUGGGAAUAAGAAGAACAGCAAGCAUGCUGCAGCAGAACAAGCUGUCAAGGUCUUAGAACGCUUACAGCCUAACCAGAAGAAAUCUGAUGGGACCAGAUCCUCAGGCAAAGGUGCCAUACCCUCAUUAAAAGACAUUGUGAUUUGUGAGAAUAAUGAAAACGCUGUCUGCACCCUGAAUGCCACGGCUCAGUUUAACAAGGUAUCUAUAGAAUACGUGUUUGAGAGAAUGGCUUCAGAUAUUUGGAAGUGCAAAGUAUUCAUUGAGCAAGAGCUUAUAGCGGAAGCCUUUGGCAUUAAGAAAACAGUAAAGCAUGAGGCUGCGGAGGCGGCUGUGAUGGUCCUAAAGAAGACCCAGCCGGUGGUAAUUAAUCAUCUGAGGAAGGGCCCCGCAGAAGAUGCAAUUUCUCGAAAUCAGAUCCGAGGGGUUUCAGAUACAGUGGCAUUCAAACAACAAAUCAAAGAGGACAAUAUCGGAAACCAGCUUCUAAGGAAGAUGGGAUGGACUGGUGGGGGCUUGGGCAAGGGAGGAGAAGGAAUUGCAGAGCCAAUUGCUGUAAAGGAGCAGUUUAGUCGUGAGGGCCUUGGCCUAACAGCAACUAACCAAAAGAUCAACAAGAGAGACAUUGAGAACAUUAUCAGAAACUAUGCGGUGUCCAACAGUCAGGACGACCUGACGUUUUCUAGAGAGCUGAGCAAUGAAGAAAGAAAACACAUACAUAUGAUAGCUCAGAGAUACGGACUGAAGAGCAAGUCUUAUGGACAGGGAGUGAAAAGGUUUUUGGUAGUAAGCAGAAAACGGAAUAGACGGGAUCUCAUCCACCAGCUACGACAAGAAGGCCAGGUUGGCUCAUACGCUCUAGUUCUGCCAGAUCAGUGACCAGGUGAACGGUGUUUUGUGUUAUUUAUUCACGGCAUUGUUUAAGGUUGUCCAUUCAGGUAACUACUCAAUAAAUGGUGUUUUACCCUAGUUUAUUGCUUUAAACCUAAGCUGAUACCAUGGAAGCACAUUUAUGGGAAAAUGAAAGAGUAAAGUUAAAACAAAAAAAAUUAACACUUCUGUUCAGAGUACACUUUGUUUUUAGGUUAAGUCAGUUCUUAUCACUGUUGUGUAAUAUUGAUGUUUUUUUAAGUUCCAUUUCUUUUUAAUUAAAGGUGCAAUUGCAGCAAUCUUUAACAUGACACUUAACCCCUUCCUGACAUGUACAGCAGAUGUCAGGUCUUUAAAGAUGCCUGCUGAGGAUCCAAGCAAGCGCCAUAGCUGACAAAUGCCUGCUCUUACACUCAGUGGCAGUCUGUUGUCAGAGAUAAUGCCUAUAAAAUAAUUUAAAUCCCUCAGAUGCUUUGGUCAUUUGUGACUACGGUAUCUUAGGGGUCAGUUACAGGGAGCGCUGUGCUUCUGGUGACUAAAUAGCUCCCCCACGACGAGACUGUGGGAGCCAAUCAGUUGCUAUAACAGCCUGUGGCUUUCUGAAGCCUUCCCUAGCAAAGUUCUUAUCAAUGUAGCGAUUCUCACAUGGACUACAAUGGUAAAUGAUUGCAGUCUAUGGGGUAAGCGAUCAGAUGCUCACGUGCUAAAGUCCUCCAGGGGAAUUAACAAUAAAUGUAAAGAAAAAUAGUUUUGAAAUAUAAAACCUCAAAUCAAACCAUCCCCAUUUUCAAAAUUAUAAACGGUAAAAAUAGACCAUUAGUAUUGCCACUUCCAAGUAUGCCCAAACUGUUACUAUAUAAAACCAUACAGUGAAUAUUUUAAUGAAAACAAAAAUCUAAAUGACAUUGCUUCAUUCCCCCCCACUUAGUUAGGAAGUGGUUAAACCAUUGCAAUAAACCUUAAAUUGACACUUAAAGGCUUUAUCUGGGAAGCAGAGACUGAUGUCUUAUCCUCAAGAUGGGCCUUAAUAUCAGAUUGAUGGGGUCCAACACCUCCACCGAUAAGUUGUCAGACAGCACCUUACAUUGUGUAGAGCUCCCAUUGUGUGAAUGUACCCGGUACUGAGCCGUUUGCUUCAGUCUUCAUUUUCAUUCUUCUGCAGAGCAAAAUUAACGGAUCUGCAACGGCCUUUGUUGGAUUUUUCAUACAAUGGGGCAUUUUACUGAACAGUGCAGUAUAUUGCUCCAAUUUUUUUUUUUUUUUUUUUUUACAAGAAUCUGUGAUAGAGGCCCCAACGCGGAUAGGGAAAAACCCUAACACAAGAAAACCUAGUGAAAGUCAAGUUUGUUUGCUGCCACUCUUUUUAAUAGUUCUAAGCGUUAAGUGUUCCACCUGCAUCUUGGGGUCUCUUGAAUGAUCAUUCAUAAAAAUGUGAAAUCUUGGUACCUCCACCCACCCAUCCAUCUCCGGACCGGAUAUAUUCCAACAAGUCCCCCAUCUAUAAUGUUCAUGUGUAAAUUUAAGGAAAAUAAGUAAAAAAAAUUGAAAUCUUUGCCCAUCUCAUAUUGUUCUUUGUCCAGCAAUAGUAUUAUUUUCCUGGUUCACUUUUUCUACAUUCAUGGUACAGUAUGAGAAACAACAUAUUGCUCUUGUCCCAACAGACAAAGCCUCAUGUACACAGCCACUAUAUGUCGAUGAUGUCACCUUUUGCCAUAUGAAUUGUUUUCCUCUAGAGGCAAAGAUUCUAUGGAAGGAUAUCCCCAAACUAGAGCACUGUGCACAUGAGGCCUCAAAUCAGUAAAACAUACACACAAGCCAAGGGACAGACUACUGGAGUUUACUGUAUUUACCACCCAAUUCCCUGAUUAUAAUAGGAUCUGAUGGCUUUCUGGCAUAAAUGCCGACUUUUGGACUGACAGAUACCAAUAUUUGUCCAGCCGAAAGUCGUCGGAUCCCGAUAUAGUCAAAGGGGAUCUGGUGGUUUCUCGCUACAGUAAACUCUGGAGUUUGCACCGCAGGUGUGAACCUACCCUUACCUGACAGGUUUUGUCAUACUAUUCCCUUUAAAGAGGUUAUCUGACCCCUAAAAUGCACGGGCCCCUCAUACUGGUAAUACUUAUCCUGCAUCAGUUUACUGUAGCAAGAAACCACCAGAUCCCCUUUGACUAUAUCAGGAUCCGACAGCUUUUGGCUGGACAAAUAUUGGUAUGUCAGUCCGAAAGUCGGCAUUUAUGCCAGAAAGCCGUCAGAUCCUAUUAUAAUCAGGGAAUUGGGUGGUAAAUACAGUAAACUCCAGUAGUCUGUUUGGGGGCCAUUAUAGCCUCUUUAAAGGACCUUUCACCCCUCCUGACAUGGCUUUUAGUCAAUAUUUGUAUUCCACAUUAAAUGACAAUUCAGAAGCAUCCAUUCUUAUGACUAUGUUCUGCUAUCCCUACUAAAAGUUUAUUAAUAAAUCGCCAGCUUGAUAAAUUAUAGGCACGUUUCUGCAGUCUGACACUGCCAGCGACAGCCUGUAGGGGCACAUCUUCCCAACUGGUAGCACUCAGUCAGCAAUCCACUGAUAAUGAUAGAGAAAUGGCCAAACAUGGUUAUUGCAUGGAGAGUGUAAUGGACGUUCUAGGAGCGGGGACAGAUGCUCUUUAAUAAAGAAAAUCAAUCAA